GCCGCCGGGCCACGCCCACCCCUCCCGCCCACGCCCGGCGAUGCCCAAUCCCCGAGCCGCGUUCUGUGACCUCCCUCCUAGCAACCACCGAGUCGCUCGGCGCCUCCGGACUCACCCACUAGCCAGGCCCUAGCAACCACGCUCCGCCCCUCCUGUCUUCCGCCCACAGCAAUUGGCUGACUCUCUUGAUCUAGAUCAAGUAUUGGUCAGCGGGCGGUGCUCCUGGAGCGUCCCCACCCUCCUGUGAAGAUUGGUCCACCCUUAUUUCGCCCAGUUCCAAAGGCUGAUUGGACCCUGUGGUGUCUUCCUGAAGCUGCGUGGGCAUCCUUCCCAGGAGCACAGACCCCGUGUCCUCUGGGGAGUAGAGGAGUCAACCUUGGGACUGGCAGAACAUGACUUCUAUAAAAGAGCAGGCAGCAAUUAGCCGCCUCCUGAGUUUUUUGCAAGAGUGGGACAAUGCCAGCAGAAACCUGAGAAGUCAGAUUCUCACCAAGUUCAUCGACUCCAACGAAGGCAAGACUGGCCCCGAGUUGGAGCAGGAGUUUUCCCAGGGAGCCAGCUUGUUCCUCAUACGACUGACCACCUGGCUUAGAAUCACUUAUAUGACCGGCUUGGAUUUAGAGAAGAUCCUGAGGUCCAUUGGCAUCUUCUUGUCUGCCGUGAGCAGCAAUCGAUACCUGAUAGAAUUUCUUGAGAUUGGAGGUGUCCUAACCCUCUUGGAAAUACUUGGCCUAGAGAAAAUCAAGGAAGAGGACAAAAGAGAAUCCGUCAAACUACUUCAGAUUAUUGCAAGUACCGGCAGGAAGUACAAGGAACUCAUCUGUGAAAGCUACGGUGUGAGAUCCAUAGCAGAAUUUCUGGCGAAGUCUCAAUCAGAAGAGACCCAGGAGGAAGUACAGAUUCUGCUGGAUACUCUGCUCCAUGGUAACCCCAAGUACCAGAACCAAGUGUAUAAAGGUCUAAUAGCUCUGCUGCCCUGUGGGUCCCCCAAAGCCCAGCAGCUGGCCCUGCAGACUCUCAGGACUGCCCAGUCAAUCAUUGGAGCCACACACCCCAGCAUCGUGGACUGCGUGCUGACCGUCCUGGGCACAAUGCAUCUGGAGGUCCAAUAUGAAGCCAUCGAGCUGAUAAAGGACCUGAUCCACUAUGACGUGCGGUUGCCUCUGCUCAAGGGCCUUGUGGCACUGCUUAUCCCAUCCGUCAAGGAAACUUCCAAACUGCAGGCCAACAUCUUCACUGAGUCAUCGAUUCUCCAGGUCACCACCCAGCUACCAGUGUUCUUGAAGCAGGCUGCAGCCGCCAAGACCAUUGGGAUCCUGGCACGAAGUGACUUGAAAGUGGCAGAGGAGCUGCUGUACCUGCGCGUGAUCCACAGCCUGAUGACAGCCAUGGGCAACACCGACCACAGCAACAGCCAGAGACUGGCCAGCCUCACUCUAGAGUUCUUUGUGCAAAUGUUCCCACUGGUGGAGGAACAUGUCCACAAGUCCAUGGGGGAGGAACUCUACCAGCUCUUCCUUAGCAAUGCUGAGAUCUUGUAUGCAAAAAUGGAUAGCAUUCAAGCAGACAUCUUGGCAGCCAACAAAGUCAAUGUUUCCAAAGCGUUAUGCCUCUGUGAAGGCACCACCAACAGCUGCUUCAGCUUUUUCAUGGGUCCUGGAGAUGUGAAUGAGGUGGAAUAUGUCACCCACUUUGAGAAGCAUCAACCAGAAUCCAAGGAGUGACAGCAUCCCUGUGGCAAACCAGGAAGGCCGAGACUGUGCCUCAUGGAAGCCUGCCUGCCAGGAGGAAGGCAUUGAAGACAAUGCCUCUUGGUUCUAGGUGGGAAUCUGGGAGUCAGAAAACCCAGUGGGGGAGGGGAAGCUGUUGCUGCAGAAGGGUCUAAUAAAGAGUUGUCAUGCCUGGA